CGAACCAUGAACACAAUUCUACUACUUCCUGUUUUUGGUUCUUCCUGUCACUCAACAAGCGGCCAAAUUAUCGCAGAUGGACAACACAAAUUGGAACGAAAAGAAUUAAGUGUCGUUUGAGAAAAAGUUAAAUUUAAAAUAACUAAUCGAUUUGUGUCGAGACUCGAUCCCACUCGUUUGUGCGUGUGAACAACAACUGCGUCGAAUCGAGUAAAUAUUUUAACUUUGGUUUUUCAAUAUUUUUAAGAGAAGACAUAACAAACUAAUCAACAAAUGAAUACAAGUGAUUGUUCACAUUGAAUUUCGUCGAUCCUUUUUCUACCUGAAAACAAAAUUUAACCAACUAAUAAAAAGAAAAAACCAACGCGGGUGUCGAUAGAAGACGAAAAAGGAGAUUAGUACCGACCGAUUUCCUACAAAAAUCUUUCUGGACAAUCAAAAUGGCUAGUGCUAACGGGUUCAUUUGUAGCUGCCUCGUCAUUUUGCUGUCCAGUUUCUUCAUCAUCGUGCUCCACCAAAUUUCUGCUGUUACGGCAACGGAACCCUCGUUUACCAAAAUUUCAACAGAUGUUGACAACAACAAGCAAAUCGUCGUCGUGGCUGCUGGAACAGCUCAUCCACGAUCUCUGACCGCUCCCCUUUCGUCUAGUGGCGUGGCCGUCGAGUUGGAGGAGCUCCUACCUGAGACGAUGGAAAACGGCACCACCAAUCACAUGAUCAUCUUACAGGGCGAGACCGUCCUCCUUCCGUGCAAGGCCUACAGCCUCGGACAGCGAACGGUUUCGUGGAUUCGGCGGAGAGAUUGGCACAUCAUGUCGUCCGGCAGUCACAUCUACACGGCCGACAGCCGUUUCAGCGUCCUCAACCGGCCCGGCUCACCCGACUGGAUUCUGAUGCUCAAAUCGCCGCAACUCUACGAUUCCGGCACCUAUGAAUGUCAGAUAGCGGGCGGACAUGGACAAGUUUCGCACUUUGUCGAACUUUUAGUCUGGGCGCCGGUAGCGUCGGUCGUCGAAGGCAGUGAACACCACGUCGAAGCCGAGAGCAACAUCCAACUGCAUUGCAAACUCUACCCAGAAGCCAACAAUUUCCAUAUUAACAACAGCAACGAGACCAACCGGGAACAGCAGACGGCACUUCACCAGUUGUCGUUACCCGCGCAGGUGGUGGGUGGCAGAGCGCCGUUCGUUUGGUUUCACAACGGCCGGCCGCUGAUUCACGGCGGCAAAUCGUCGGCCGGUUUGGGGUUGGUGUCCAUUUACCUGGAAGAUGUUGCUGAAUCCAUCGCCGGAAAAAGCGACUGGAUGGCGUGGACGAGCCGUUUGGUGAUCCAGCGAGCAGAUCCAGCCGAUUCCGGCAACUAUACCUGUGCACCGUGGAGAGGAAAAUCCGCAUCAGUCAACGUCUUUGUUUCACAAGUGCGUCUACCAUUUCCGUUGGCAUCUGAAAUUGACGGGGACAAACAAAAAUUGCUGAUGGAAUUGUUUCGUGCUUCCCCACUGAUGGCUAUCAAUUCCUGGCAACAAAACAUUUCCAGGCUACAAAAAACUAUUAUAUAUGGAAAGUAGGAGCCUGUCAAAUUCAUGCAAUGGCAAUUUUCUUGAAUAGAUUUAGAAUUCGCAGUAAACUGAAAUCCAUUGG